AUGAUCAACAUGCACGAGAUUUGCGACAUUACUAUUACCAUGAGUGUCAAGGAGCAUCUUCCACAACUGGAGCCUGUGGUGAAUCCUGAUGCUACAUUCCACUGCACCAAGCAAGCGAACACCUCAGCUGCCGUCGUCUCUCUACGUGUUGGCCACGGAAAUGUCAUCCAUCGCUGGAAAAAGGGUUCGAUUCUCACUGCCUAUGUGAACGCAUGUAGCUUCCCGAGCGAGCAUCACCUUUUGAAGGCUAUCGAAGCCCUCAAACUGGGUAUGGAAGCUUGGAAUACGCUGAACCUCGGAGUUUCCUUCAAAAUCGUGGAAGAUAUCAAUUCUGCGGUCUUUCAGCUCGUCUACAAGUAUGAUACAGCCCGUGGUGAGGGCAAAACGUACGCGAUGUCUUUUCUUCCUGGUUUUUCGUCCAAGAACCCCAACAUCUUUUACCACGAGCUUGGCCACAUUUUGGGCUUGAGGCACGAACGUGCUCACGAGCUCGUGGAUGAGAGGCGCAUCUCCUCUGUUCAGUUCGGGCCCGCCAGCCCCAAGUCGGUAAUGAAUAACGACUUCGAUGAUGGCAGACUGCACUUGAUCGUAAUUCAUUCGCUAGAUAAGCUGUGGGUACAGAAGUUCUACGCAUAUGAUGAGCCCAGCUUUGCUGGGUCGCUUAUCGUAGAUGUAGAGGCUGAGUAUCUUGAGGUUGCCAGGUACAAUCUCACAUCCAUUCGCAAGAGCCUCGUCAACUAA